GGGGGAGGCCUGGGGUUCCGGCCAGGCCACUGCUUGGGAAGCAAGAAGGUGAAGGCACCUCCGCUGGGCCAAGCACUCUUAGGGCCGAGGGGCGCUGCAGCUGACGAGAGGGCACCACUUCUGGGGGCUCCUGGAAGACUGUGGACCUUCAAGCACUGAAGCUCCCUGCUGUGCUGAGGCCCGGAGCCCCCAUGGCCUCACUGAGCCGAGCCCUACGUGUGGCUGCUGCCUGCCCUCGCCAGAGCCCUACCCGGGGCCUGGGGCCAUGCAACCUGUCCAGCGCAUCUGGCCCCACAGCCGAGAAGAGUGUGCCGUAUCAGCGGACCCUGAAGGAGGGACAAGGCACCUCGGUGGUGGCCCAAGGCCCGAGCCGACCCCUGCCCAGCACAGCCAACGUGGUGGUCAUUGGUGGAGGCAGCUUGGGCUGCCAGACUCUGUACCACCUGGCCAAGCUGGGCAUGAGUGGGGCGGUGCUGCUGGAGCGGGAGCGGCUGACCUCCGGGACCACCUGGCACACGGCAGGCUUGCUGUGGCAGCUGCGGCCCAGUGACGUGGAGGUGGAGCUUCUGGCCCACACUCGGCGUGUGGUGAGCCGGGAGCUGGAGGAGGAGACGGGACUACACACGGGCUGGAUCCAGAACGGGGGCCUCUUCAUCGCGUCCAACCGGCAGCGCCUGGACGAGUACAAGAGGCUCAUGUCGCUGGGCAAGGCGUAUGGUGUGGAAUCCCAUGUGCUGAGCCCGGCAGAGACCAAGACUCUGUACCCGCUGAUGAACGUGGACGACCUCUACGGAACCCUGUAUGUGCCCCACGACGGUACUAUGGACCCGGCUGGCACCUGUAGCACCCUCGCCAGGGCAGCCUCUGCCCGAGGAGCACAGGUCAUUGAGAACUGCCCAGUGACCGGCAUUCGUGUGUGGACAGAUGAUUUUGGGGUGCGGCGGGUUGCAGGUGUGGAGACUCCACACGGUUCCAUCCAGACGCCCUGCGUGGUCAACUGUGCAGGAGUGUGGGCAAGUGCUGUGGGCCGGAUGGCUGGAGUCAAGGUCCCGCUGGUGGCCAUGCACCAUGCCUAUGUCGUCACCGAGCGCAUCGAGGGGAUUCAGAACAUGCCCAACGUCCGUGAUCACGAUGCCUCCGUCUACCUCCGCCUCCAAGGGGAUGCCUUGUCUGUGGGUGGCUAUGAGGCCAACCCCAUCUUUUGGGAGGAGGUGUCAGACAAGUUUGCCUUCGGCCUGUUUGACCUGGACUGGGAGGUGUUCACCCAGCACAUUGAAGGUGCCAUCAACCGGGUCCCUGUGCUGGAGAAGACAGGAAUCAAGUCCACGGUCUGUGGCCCUGAAUCCUUCACGCCCGACCACAAGCCCCUCAUGGGGGAGGCACCUGAGCUGCGAGGGUUCUUCCUGGGCUGCGGCUUCAACAGCGCAGGAAUGAUGCUGGGUGGUGGCUGUGGACAGGAGCUGGCCCACUGGAUCAUCCAUGGGCGCCCGGAGAAGGACAUGCAUGGCUAUGACAUCAGACGCUUCCAUCACUCGCUCACGGACCACCCCCGCUGGAUCCGAGAGCGAAGCCAUGAGUCCUACGCCAAGAACUACUCCGUUGUCUUCCCCCACGAUGAGCCGCUGGCCGGGCGCAACAUGAGGAGAGACCCGCUGCACGAGGAACUCCUUGGACAAGGCUGCGUGUUCCAGGAGCGGCAUGGCUGGGAGCGACCGGGAUGGUUUCAUCCCCAAGGCCCAGCUCCGGUCCUCGAGUACGACUACUACGGGGCUUACGGAAGCCGCCCGCAUGAGGACUACGCCUACCGCAGGCUGCUGGCGGACGAGUACACCUUUGACUUCCCGCCCCACCACGACACGAUCAAGAAGGAGUGUCUGGCCUGCAGAGGGGCCGCCGCUGUAUUUGACAUGUCCUACUUUGGGAAGUUCUACCUGGUGGGACUGGAUGCAAGGAAGGCUGCCGACUGGCUGUUCUCCGCAGAUGUCAGCCGACCUCCAGGCUCCACCGUGUACACUUGCAUGCUCAACCACCGUGGGGGCACCGAGAGUGACCUGACUGUCAGCCGCCUGGCACCCAGCCACCAGGCCUCCCCACUGGCCCCCGCCUUUGAAGGGGAUGGUUACUACCUGGCCGUGGGCGGGGCCGUGGCCCAGCACAACUGGUCCCACAUCACCACCGUGCUGCAGGACCAGAAGUUCCAGUGCCAGCUCAUCGACAGCUCCGAGGACCUGGGCAUGGUCAGCAUCCAGGGCCCAGCCAGCCGGGCCAUUCUGCAGGAGGUGCUGGAUGCAGACCUGAGCAACGAGGCCUUCCCAUUCUCCACCCACAAGCUGCUAAGAGCCGCCGGGCACCUGGUCCGGGCCAUGCGGCUGUCCUUCGUGGGGGAGCUGGGCUGGGAGCUGCACAUUCCAAAGGUGUCCUGCGUACCUGUGUACCGGGCUGUGAUGGCCGCGGGUGCCAAGCACGGCCUCGUCAAUGCAGGGUACCGCGCCAUUGACUCCCUGAGCAUUGAGAAAGGCUACCGGCACUGGCAUGCAGACCUGCGGCCGGACGACAGCCCCCUGGAGGCAGGCCUGGCCUUCACCUGCAAGCUCAAGUCACCGGUGCCCUUCCUGGGGAGGGAGGCCCUGGAGCAGCAGCGGGCCGCAGGCCUCCGCCGGCGCCUGGUGUGCUUCACCGUGGAGGACAAAGUACCCAUGUUUGGCCUGGAGGCCAUCUGGAGGAAUGGCCAAGUGGUGGGCCACGUCCGGAGGGCCGACUUUGGGUUCGCCAUCGACAAGACCAUCGCCUACGGUUACAUCCAUGACCCCAGUGGUGGGCCGACACCCCUGACCUCAGGGAACCCCACACUCACCAGGUGACCCUGGUCCCUGGCUCUGCAGGAGGCAGGAGCAGGCUGGAAAGAGCAGGUCUCGCUGGACUUUGUGAAGAGCGGGGACUAUGCCCUGGAGAGAAUGGGGGUGACCUACGGUGCCCGGGCCCACCUGAAGUCUCCCUUCGACCCCGACAACAAGAGGGUGAAGGGAACAUACUGAGGGCACAGACCCCAUGCCCCAUCACAUGCUGUCCGUCCAUUCCCACAGGUCCCAAAUGGCCCUGGAUCCCAGGACCCUGGACCCGGCCAGAACUUGGGCCCUCCCUGUCCUUAGUCUAGGCCUAGUCCUGCUAAAACCCCCAAACCAGAUACGGACAGAGACCAAGAUGGCCCAUCGUGUGGUCACUGACCAGAAGGCGGUCUCUAAUCCGCCCCAAUCCUCCCAGAAAACAAGCCUGUAAGUGUCUUGGGCUCAGGGACCACGGCUUGUAGUUAUCUCCAAGUUUCUAGAAGGUGCUUAGUAAAUACUUGAUAAGCCCCACGUGAAUACAGGGAAGCAAAUAGG